GUAUCAGUCGAAGAAGAGAAACCAAGGAAAAGGAUAGAGCUCAGCGAAAACAAAUGGCUACCAUUUCAGUCUCACCAUUCUCACCUCUGCACCCAAUCCCCACCCUCACUCAUUCCCAUUCCCUCUCCAUUCCCAUUCCUUCUCCCACUCUUUCGUUUCGAAACGUUUCCGGGUCCUUCAGGCGCUUGAGUUCAGUCAGAAACACCAGCUCCCGCAGACCCACAAUUGUGAGGUCAGCCGAGGAAGACGCGCCUAUUGAACCAGUCCCGGAAGAAGAAGCCGGCGCCGAGCAGCCCGUUUCGGUACCCGUUUCGCCCUCCGAUACUCUCACCAUGUUUUUUCAGGCGGAUGGAACUUUGAGUGAUGCUGCUGUGCCUGCAGUGACAAAAGCAUUAGAGGAAACUCAAGGUAUUACCAACUUGAAGGUUGAAGUUCAUGAGGGUAUUGGAAUUGUUGAGCUGAAAAAGCAGACAACAGUACAAGCUACCGGGGUUGCUUCCAGUUUAGUUGAGGCCAUACAGAGUUCAGGAUUCAAGCUACAGACGUUGAAUUUGAGUUUUGAGGAAGAAGAGGAAAUUGCUGUAUAGAACUUGUAUGCUUGUCUACUAGUAUAUAUGCAAUUCAACCGAUAAAAGAACAAGAAGUGUAUCAUCGAAGCUUUGUUGCGAAUGACUCAAUUGUUUGUAGUUAGUGAGGGUCAAAUUUUCC